AUGGUUGUUCGACGAAUCGGCCGACGUCCCAUUUUGGUAGCAGCUUUGGGGCGCCAGAAUGGCCGCAAGUGCGUCGUUACCUGCAUCAACAGCAGUGUGAGUGUUACCUGUUGGGAGAGGAGCGAGAGUAGGUUGCUCGGUGGUGGUUGUUAUGGUAUCCGCUUGUGUGGCGCUUCCAUUCCCCCUUUGAACAGCUUUUUUACUGCUGGUGGCGCUUCCUCAGUUGUAGACAUGGAGGCUCCCUUUCACGUGAAGUGGUUACACUUCCAUGAGGGGGAGGAGGUUAGUAGUAACGCCCAGUAUUGCUUUCUGUCUUCAUCUCCUUUUCCUGCUAUUUUUCUUUUCUUUCUGUUUUCAUGCAUUCUGACUGGACAAAAUUCAACAAGUUCAGUCGCUCUCACUUUCACCUUUCACUUUAUCGCCGCUUAUUUCAUGUUACUAAUCUUCAACGGAUUAACAAAAGGAAAAAUGGAAUUCGAUCUCGAGAAUCCAUUGACGGGCUUCGAAGAACAUCAUUUCGACGCCGUUUCAGCUCUCUUCGCUUCCGAAUCCGAUCACAUGCCGUCCUUUCUCGCCUUCAAAUCUACUGAUGUUCGCUUUUGCCUUCGCCGCCAUUCUCUCUCCCUUAUAUUUCAAGCACAAAGCGCUCACAAAUUUGAUCGGUAUAUCACAUACCUUGCUGUCAAUUACAUCGACCGUUUUCUUUCCGAACAAGUAGUUACGGUGAAUAAGCCAUGGAUUGUACGGAUUCUCGUCAUUGCUAGCCUUUCACUUGCCUCGAAAAUGAAGAACGUCGAUUUAUCACUCUCCGAUAUUCAGAGAGAUGUAGGUUUAUUUUUUGACGCUCAAUCAAUUCACCGUAUGGAAUCGCUGAUUCUCACUACUCUAGAGUGGCGACUAAGAUCCAUCACGCCUUUCUCGUUUCUGCAUUUCUGCAUGUCGAUUUUUCAACUCGGUGACUCGUCUCUGACUCAGCCUCUUAAACGACGAGCUUCAGAUAUCAUCUUCAGUACUCAAUACGAAAUUAAGCUUUUUGAGUAUAAACCAUCAACAAUAGCAGCAUCGGCGCUUCUGUGUGCAGCUGAUGAGUUGAUUCCAUUGCAAUUUUCCUCUUUCUUAGCUGCAAUUUCAGAAUGUCAAUACUUAACUAAAGAGGAACUUAUGAAUGCUUUGGCUGCAAUACGGGAAAUGCUGAUUGAAGGGCGUGAGUCCACUGUCGAUUCAGAGUCUUGUAGUACGUUGACGCCAAAAAGUGUUCUUGACUGUGAAUGACUGAAUGUACAACUUCUGAGUGCGAGAAACGCACGAAUCUAGACGGGAACAGCAUCAAAAGGCGUAAAUUGAAUGACCUUAGGGGUGACCAGACGUUCCGCAUUUCUCAUAUUCAGCGGUGCUAAAAUUGUUUUUUAUUUUCUUUAAUUAGGAUGGUCUCGCGUAUAACAGUUUUGUUCGAACGGGAACAGACACGUGAAUAGUGAGAAGUGGAGGACCUUUGAAUAAAUUGAACUAGAAUUGUAACCAUA